AUGCGUUUCCUGACCAUCUCCACCCUCUUCACCCUGGCCGCCACCGCCCUGGCCGAAACCAACUACACCUCGUGGUCACAAAUGAAGGAAGGCCUGCCCGAGUGCACGAACCAGUGCCUCGACAACCUGUACAGGAAGACCACCAUCGAGAAAAACUGCGGCGACGACGCCAGCGUGGACUGCAUCUGCUCCACCAAGGUCCGCGGCAGAAAGAAGAACGCCAUGAAGGUGGCCGUCCACACCGUCUCCCCGUGUAUCCAGAAGGAGUGCGACGGCGGCAGCACUAACGGGACGGAGGUGGCGAACCAGUUCGCGGACCGCUGGAACGGGGUGAUCUAUGGGCAGUGCAAGGGACAUGAUCUUAGUGAUGAUGAUGAUGAUGAUGAUGAUGAUGCUGAUAAAGAAAAUGCUGCUGCGGUGCCUGCUCUUGGCUCUGGGAUGGUCGUGCUUUCUGCAGUGGCUAUCAUGGGGGGGUUCAUGCUAUGA